CACAGUUUCAAAUAGGAAGAGAGGUAUUUGCUACAAAACAAAGAAUAUUUUUAGUAUUUUAUCCGAUGAAUUUUUCCCCAUCGUAUUUUGCCGAGUUCCGAACUUGCGACCUUCACGCCCGACCAAUACAGCACCACACACCACACUGCACCAUCCGCAACCGAUUGUAGGUGUGUGUUUACCCUGCAGCACUGUGGCAAUCGAAAGCGACGAACCCCUUUUCUCGCUAGAGCGCACCGCACCGCAAUGAAGGGGGCUUUCCCUCUCCAUAGCGCCGAUGCGCGAACGCAAAGCAAACCGGCCGCUGCGCCGCUGAAGAAAUGGUGUGGAGAAAAGCACGCCACACCGAAGCGGCAGCGAUCGUCCGUACGAUCUUGCGCGCGGCCCCGGCAAACCCGAUCGAAACGUGCCGCGCACCGGACGUCUUUUGAACGCGAGCGCGUGUGCGUUGUUGUGUGUUGUUUGGGUUUGGAAGCUGCGAUCGGCGAUUGAUCAUACAUCGUCGCCCGUGGCAACGUGUCUGGCAUCUUAGAAGGCGUGUGUGUGUUUGUGUGUGUGGCUGUGUUUGGUUGAAAGUGAGUUUGCAUUUAUUCGAAUCGACAGGCGUAACAAGUGUCAGCAGCAGCAGUAGUAGCAGCACAGACGCUGGCCACCAGAUUUAGAAUCGAUUUAAAUUGCAUUUUCGCAUUCAUUUGAACGCCAGCGACGGUGCUACACGGGCGAGCAACUUUUGCAAUCCCGAACCCCGCGUAAAGCCUUCCCCUAUUGCACACACUCGCGACACGCGUGUGCCGUGGAUGAAGGUGAAAACGAAAGUCAUCUCCCACAUCCAGGCCCGACCACCCCGACCGGAUUCGAAACCGGAAGUGUAUACAUGUUGUGUUUAGUAACGGGGUGCAGUUUCGGUUUUUUGGCGUUUGCACAUUUCCGGCAUGCGCUUUCGGUGAGUUGCAGUGGAGAGAAUAAAAUAAAAAAACGCACACAAACAACAGCAAAAAGCUGUUGCAACCAAGCAAAACCGAAGCCAGAAGAUUCCAAAGAAGACACAGUGGGUCCGAGCCGCAUUUACGGACGCAAAUAUCUCCGGAGACGCUUCUGGAGCAACGAUGGGAUCGGCGGUGCGGCAAAAUGUGCUGCCACUCGCAGCGGUGUUGCUGGUGACAGCAUUGCUCCUGUCCCACGCCCUGGUGCGAGGCGACUCUUCGCACGGCGCAAGGGGCCGGGGAUCACCGGCCCUGAUCGAUUCCGGCAUUCGAGCUGGGUCACGAUUGCCGGUGGUUCCUGUUGCCGGAGCGAAGGUGACGAAGCUACGGCCGGUGGGCAAGCAGCGUCCCGCUGAAGAGGAGGACGAUGAUGACGAUGACGACGAUGACGAUGAUUACUUUGACUUUGGACUGGAUGACGAUGAUGAUGACGAUGACGAUGAUGACGAGGAGGAGGAGGAGGAGGAGGAGGAGGAGGAUGAAGAAGAUGAGCAGCUGGUGCCCUCCGCUCCAGUAAGACCAGAACUUCCGGUGGAAACGAGCACCACCCGAGCGAGAUUGCUGUCCGAUGCGGCGUUUAACAAGAUUUCCGAGACGCUCGGUGCGCUGAAUACGGUCGGGCGGUACAUUGUGAACAUUACCAAGGGGCAGGAGGCGAGUGCCAUCACGCAGGUGGACCCGGGCACGAAGGAAACGGUCCCGGAGGCACUGCUCACCCUUACGAAGACGGUUCUCGGGCAAAACAUCACCAAAUCGUUCGAACCACUGAUCAAGCGUGUGGGCACGGGUGGCGGAGAGCAGGAAACGGUCAGUGCGGUCACUUCCGCAUCGCUGGCGAUCGUGUCGUCUAGUACGCCGGAACCUACCCUUGCAACGUCUACAGUGGAAUCGCUCGCUGUGGCACAGCGGAAGGAAGACAACGAGGUGACGCUCGGAGGUGGCGUGACGGAGACUAAGAUCACUAAGGUUCCGGCCAGUGGAGCAGUGUCGGAGCAAAAGAAGAAAAAGAAGAAGAAGAAGAAGAACAAGGUCAAGCGCAAGGAUCCGGCCCAUCAGGAGGUUCGCACGACGACGACUAGCACCACGACGCGCAGACCGGACCCGGCCCCAAGCAACAAGAUCGUUGAAUCGACAAAGGACAUUGAAAACCGGUGCCGCACACCGGACGGUCGCCCGGGAAGGUGUGAAGAUCUGAGCACCUGUCCGGGGUUGCUGCUCGAUCUGAGCCAUCUGCGCGAGUCGCUCUGCUUCAAGAGUCUGUUUGUGCCGGGCGUUUGCUGUCCGAUCACGACGACCAGCACCGUGCUGACGACACCACGGCCACCCUCCCGGCCCCAGCAAUCCGGUGGCAGUUUAGUGCUCAGCCCGGUCGCUAAACCACCGGCCACGACCACUACAACGACGACGACGACCACCACCAAACGGCCGCUGGUACCGGUGUACACCGUCUCUCCCGGCGAGGAGGGCAGCGCGUUACUGUCCGCCACGCUGAAACCGAUCGACAACAUCGUCGAUCCGGACGACUGCGGUCAGCAGGAGUACUCGUCCGGCCGGAUCGUCGGUGGCAUCGAGGCACCGACCGGCCAGUGGCCCUGGAUGGCGGCCAUCUUCCUGCACGGCACGAAGCGGACCGAGUUCUGGUGCGGUGGAUCGCUGAUCGGCACGAAGUACAUCCUCACUGCGGCCCAUUGUACGCGCGAUUCGCGCCAGCGACCGUUUGCCGCCCGCCAGUUCACCGUCCGGCUGGGCGAUAUCGACCUGUCCACGGACGGGGAGCCGUCGGCACCGGUGACGUACAAGGUGACGGAGGUGCGGGCCCAUCCGCGGUUUUCGCGCGUCGGUUUCUACAACGACAUUGCGCUGCUCGUGCUGGACAAACCGGUUCGUAAGUCAAAGUACGUCAUACCGGUGUGUCUACCGGGGCCGAAUCUACCGUCCAAGGAGCGGCUAGCAGGACGUCGAGCAACGGUAGUCGGCUGGGGUACGACCUAUUACGGCGGCAAGGAGUCGACCAAGCAGCAGCAAGCGACCCUGCCCGUCUGGCGCAACGAGGACUGCAACCGGGCGUACUUCCAGCCCAUCACGGACAACUUCGUGUGCGCCGGCUUCUCGGAGGGCGGCGUGGACGCGUGCCAGGGCGAUUCGGGCGGUCCGCUGAUGAUGCUGGUCGAGGCGCGCUGGACGCAGGUCGGUGUCGUCUCGUUCGGCAACAAGUGUGGCGAACCGGGCUACCCGGGCGUGUACACGCGCAUCAGCGAGUACAUGGAGUGGAUUAGGGAGAACACGAAAAAGUAAAGGCCAUAGUGUGUGCACAGGAGAGUGGGGGUGGGGGGGAUGGUAGGUCCCUUUCGGAUGAUGGUGUCCGGAGCACCAGAACAGUCCAGUAAGCAUAGAGUUUGGCAGUUGUUGGUUGUUUUCGGUUUUUUGUAUAUAAUUUAUUUCUGUGUAAUCCAUCCCUUCUUUCCCCCCUUCCUCGCAAAGUUCUUACGUUUCGGCUAGCCUCUUCCCUCCCCCUCCCCCUCCCCCCAUUCUCCAGGUUUUCUUUUGCGUUUUGCGCUCCGCUCGGUAAUCAAUUAGUUGUUAGCCCAGCUUUAUUUUUUUAUGUUUGUUUAUCCUAAUUUAUAAACUAACUUAUACGAGACCUACGCAUCACUUAGUAAGUUGAGAGACAGACAGAGAGAGAGAGAGAGAGAGUGAGAGGGUGGUGUGUUUCUGAGCAUUCCUGUUUUCUGAGCCUUCCUGCGUCUAAUUGAUAACGGCGAGAAGGAUAGGGCAACGGAGGGCAGUAAUAGCAGUAGUGAGCGUGAACGAGGCGGAAAGUUCAGCUUCAUAAUCAAUUACAUAAGGUAGAAUAAGUAUAACAAGCGGCAAACUGCUCUUUAGCGUCGAGCAACGGUGCGACGAGCCGGGCUGGAAAGGUGGAACAACUGGUGGAAGCGAAGAGCGCUUCCACCCUUUUCAAUAUGCAUUAAUGGAAACAACAAGAGCUCGCGCAACACAGGCGAGGCGAGACACGCACGUCACGGACGAAAUUGACGAAAAUGUGGAAAAACAACACAUAGCUUUCCCAGCCCAAAACGGUGAAAUAUUUCAGUGAAAUUAAAUGAGAAAACACGCGCGCAUUUUGCAACAUAUA